GCGCUGUAGUUCCUACAGGAUUCCUUAUGGAGACCGAGUUUAUGUUUAGCCUACUCUCUAGUUACCUGCUACACUUGUCUUGUACUCAUAAGGUAGUUUUAAAUAGCUAACAGGGACUGUUCUUAUUCAGUAUUACCGCAGGGCAAAAUGUAUACUUUUCUCCAACAGGCCUCCCACAUUUUUGUACAGUCGAGUGUAAAGGGAAGUACUCCGCCCAACUCCAACUUUGUUCAUGCCUUCUUUCAAAGAAGCUGGAAGCGAAAGUCGAAUUGAAAAACGGACAUUAAGGCUACUUCCUUCAGUUUUACAAACCGUGACAGCAGGCCAGACACCAGACGGUCGUCUUCGGGAGCGGGAAUAGUCAAAGGAAAACGUUUCAUCCUACAACCCAACGGAUGUGGGAAAGUAAACGUAAGAAAUACGACUCAGAAACCAUGAACAGGAUGUUUCGAAGUUUGGACUUGUUCGUUUUAAGCUGCCUCUUUCUAUCGGAAUCCCAAACAGGCCAAAUCUUACCACCGCAAAAUUUGUCCGCACUGUGGAUAAGUGAUUUUGAAUUACGGUUGUCCUGGGCACCACCACAGCAUGCAGUGGAAAACUGCACGUAUGACGUGAAAUCAUAUGCCACGGAAGAAAAAUAUAGCGGACAAACUUCUCCCUGGCAGAGUAAGUUCAUAGUGAUGGAAGGAGGAUCUCUGCAGAUGUCGGUUGAAACUGUCUGUAAUAGCACACACAGUAAGCCGGCUUUAUUCAACAUCAUGUACCCAGAGCUGGUGAACAAAUUGGAAUGCUGCAUCUUUUCCUCCAAACAAAGUCACUGCUCCUGGCUCCCAGCCAGUCAAGCUCCAGAUCUCCGUUUCUUCUAUGCGUUACAGAAUGAGGAUCUGGGAACAUCUAUAUACAACGAUGCCCUUUCCGUCUUACAAGAGUGCUCAUCGUACAGUUACACUAACAGCACCAGGACUGGUUGUGAUCUGCAGGGGCAUUUCACCCAGGCCAUCAUUAUCUUGUUUAACGGAACGCUGAACAACAAACCUGUCAGGAACACCUUCAGGAAAGAGUUUAAUAAAUGUGUGAAACUUCCUCCCCUUGAGUGGACAGUCACUAAAACGGAGGAUAAAUUCAUUAUCAGGUGGAUUGCUCCUGACAUCGUCAGUCUGCCUGAUUGGAAGUUUCAAAUUAUUUACACUGAGUGUAAUGACAGAAAGAUUAAAGAUGUAGAGGGUAACACAUCAGUUGAUCUGGUCCUGGUCCCUCACUGUCCGUACCGCAUGGCUAUUAAAGCUGAGACGCAGGGAGGGAGGAAAAUAUACACGACAGGGAUUGACGAGAAGUAUUUUGAUGCAGAUACAGAUCCUAAAAUGAUCCUAAUCCUAACUUCCAUUAUCAUCCCAUUGAUGUUUGCUGGCCUGGCAGCCCUGACUUUUAUGUAUUUCAGCAAAAACAAGGAAAAAAUGUUCCCCAAAGUGCCACAACCUCGAGACCUUCUCAGCGAUAUUUCUGACAACAACAAUAAGAGCACUGUUCAUAACUUGUACAUCCCGGCAGAGGAAGAAGACAACUGUAAAAUCACUCUGGUGAUAGAUCCCCAAACCAAUCAAAUCUAAAAGUACUGAAGGUUUCCCAAAUUCUUAUUGUACUGGCUCAACGAAAACUUGAGACUUUAUUGUGUAAAUGAUGAAUCCAGGAACGUCUUUGGAGGAUGAUUUUGUGAAAGGGGUCCUAUACUUGUCAAAACUUUAAACAGAUUUUGGGCCCAGUUUUGUAUUUUGUAUUUAUUUUUGGCAUGUUGAGUAGCCAAGUGUGUCAAUGGAGAUGUCUCAGACAUUCCAUAGAACAAAAAACAGUGGCAGCUACUGCAUUUCUGCACUUUGUUCUUCACAAACUGAUGCAGCUGAAGUCCAACUUCAAAAGGCUUAGUCAUUAGAGUAUCAUUUAGACUAGUAAUGCAGAAGUGACUUACACUGAAUGACAUGGAACUGAAGGUCCUUAUCAGGUCAGCCCAAAUAUGCCACCACAUCAAGCCAAAUUCCCAUUCACAUCAAUAUUCUAUUGUGAUGUGUUGUGUGAAUGUUGUGUUUACACACACCAGGAACUCCUUUUUUUGAAAUGUAAUCAAUUAGUUACAAUGUAUUUGCACUUAUUUUGAUUCGCACAAUAAUUCCACCAUUACCACUGCUACAAAAAAGUGUUAUGGGUUAGGUUUUUGCCAAACAAAAAUGUUUUUCGCCCUCGAUUGAAUGAACCCAAACAAGUACAGCCAUUACCCUACAUGACCGCAUUUUUUUUAACCUGAGCAAUAAAGGUCCAGUGUGUAGGAUUUAGUGGCAUCUAGCUGUGAACCAUUUGAAUACUGCUCGCCUCACCCUCCCCUUCCAAGCAUGUAGGAGAAACUACGGUGGCCAUGAAACACAUGCAGUUGUUGCAUCCCCAGUAUCCGAGCCACACUGGAAAUGGGCAGUCCGGGGGAGUUCAGUAAUACGUGGUGAGUGGCGAGAGAACUGUGAAAUCUGUUCACCUAUUUGUCCCGAGAGGUGCUGGAGCAAUAUGUUUUCACGAAACGAAUUUCUUACAUUCAUUACAGCUAUUUUAAUAAUCACUUCCUGGUUUUAUCAUUUACCAAGCAUUAAAUGCAUAAAUGCUAAGCAUUUUCUGAUCCCAGCUUGUGGGUAUUUUCUACUUUUCUCUGUUUUACAUCAUUGCAAAUUCAUUAUCUCUGGGUUUUGGACUGUUGGUCAGUCAAACCAAGCAACUAGUAGACCUCAUCUUGGGCUCUGGGCUUAUAUGGUGGAAGUAUCUUCAUAACCCUUUUCUGGCUUUUUUCUUUUUUUUUUUUAAAUAUAUGUGCAAAUAAACUAAACUAUAAACUAUCUUGCUGGUUAAGCUGCUGGGCUGCUUAGUGGUUUGCUAGUCAACUAGCAUAAAAACAUAUAUUGAACAUUAAACCACCUUGGUCUGCUUAUGAUGGUUUAGCUGUUUUGUUUUCAAAAGAGGAAGCUAAUGCUGGCCGUGCUCUGAGCCAAAGUGGGUUAUUUGGUGACCAGAUGAAGGUAUUCCGAACACAUGCUUAUCUUGUCUGCUCUACCACCAUUGGUUACCUCCUUGACCACUGUCAGAUCACCUCUGUUAAGAUAAGCUCAGCAGUGCCAACCAAAAACUAAAAAGUUAGCAAACAUGCAGGACCUAAAGAAAAGAGAUUAUAAAUACUUAGGACUUAGUGGAUAACAAACAGCUUUAUUAUUAGAGUUAUGAUUUAACUUCUCCAGUGAUUGCCUUUAUUUCUGCUUUCACAGCAGCUGUUUGAAGUACGGGGAUGAGUAGGCUUCUAAACAUCUCAAACUUUAUUGAGCUGUGUGGGCUGCAGUUCCCCAUCUACUGUAGCUAUUAUCUCCUCCUGUUGAGGACUAUGAAUGUGAAAUUAAUGAUGCACUCGUGUAAAAAUACUGAUGUAUCAAUACUGGUGCUGUACUGUUUGAAAUAUUUUCAACAAGUUGAAUGUUUUGAUGACGUGCCCAGACUGGCUAAUGCUGGGUGCCACUUUUGAAUGGUUCAUAAUUAAUUUUUAUGCUUAUAUUAUACAUGAUUUUCACUGGC